AUGCUUCUCAUGGCUUGUCGACAAGCUUCAUUUUUUAUCGUGCUGUUUUUCAUUUCUCAACUGUCCCGUGACGAUGCCAGUCAGCAGUGUGGAGCCGGCGGCGACCUAUACUCCUUUUACCAAAUGAUGCUCAAGGGCCACACUUACAAGUCGUUCAAGACUGCAACGGGUACUCCGGAAUGCAGAGAGGUCAAAGUUACAACGUGGUUAUGUUCAUUGCAAUUAAUAUGCGAGUUAAACAACCGAACUAAAGAGGCCAGACCAGAGGACUUUGUCACGAACAAGGACAGAUACUACAUGUCGAAAGGUCCAAAACGAGGUGAUAGAAAAUGCAAAGAUUAAAAAGCAUUAUUACAGCAGUUAAGGAAGGGGGGGAGGGACGAGGAGAGGGGAGGGGGGAAGGGAAGGGGAGAGGGGAAAAGGGGAUGGGGGGGGGGGGGAGAGGGGGAUGGGGGGAAGGGGGAAAGAGGGGAAGGGGAGAUGGGGGGAAGGAGGGGAAGGGAGGUAAGGGGGGACGGCGGGCGACAUUCAACUGAUAGCUCGAUAUGCGAGCGCAACUUGAAAUGUACCCAAUAUGAUGCUCGGCAUUGUCUGACACAUAUCUUUACAGAAGUAUCAAUAGACUGCCAAUUAUAAAGUAAGUCAUAUAAACAUUCCACACACAAUUCAUCUUAAAGGAGAUGUCAAGAAACAAUAUGGGUAAGCUGACUUUUGUGGAUUUUACGCUGUCAGCAAUGAAUCUUUCUUAAUCUUAUUCUGCUAACAUUAAUCGCUUCAACUGCAGUUCCCCUCGGAUCAAUUCGUGAGUUGCCCGCGGAAUCGUGCAACGAAAUCAAGGCGAGUGAAGGAGGGAAGGCGGUCAGCGGCAAUAAUUAUUGGAUCGAUUCAACCAGAUCUGGUAACUCUAUUUUAGCUGGCUGUGACAUGAAGACUGAAGGUUUGUACAAGACAUGGUUCUUAGCAUUUUGGUACCGUGCCAAUGAGAGGACUUUACUUAAUCGAUUUUCUUUGUCCCUAGUUGCAGACUAUUGUGUCAAACACCAGUGCCAAAACAAUGCAAAGUGUGUGAAACGUGAAACGAACUACACGUGUGCGUGUAACUCACCUGGUUGGACAGGAAAAUAUUGUGAAAAAGGUUUGCCUUUUGUUAAAAUCGUUUCCCAUUUUUAGGAGCAUGUUAAACAAAGAAGAUAAGGAAUGCUUAAUUAAGGAUAUGCUUAUCCACAGAUGUCGACGAAUGUGUGGAAGGUCUACAUGGUUGUGAUCCCAACGCCAUUUGUGAUAACACUGUGGGUUCUUACAACUGCACAUGCAGACCAGGAUUAAUUGGAGACGGAAGAAACAGCUGCAUAAGUACAAGUAAGGAUGUAAACCACUUUGUGUGGAGACGUUGUUAGAGGGAUAAGCUAAAAGUUACUGCCUACGAUUGUACAUUUUGACUACUUCACUAGUUGAGUAUUCCUUUUUUUUAUUGUUCCACAAAUCGCGCAAGAGUUAUGCCCUUUUGAACAACAAUCAUCAUUUUAUCGCUUGUGACUGAUAUUGUCACACAUACUUACCUAAAACUAAUAAGGAUGCGUUUUGUUUCUGGUCAAGCAAUUUUAGAAUUAAAAGAAACUCAAGGAAAAACAACAAGUGUGAAAUGGCGACUGCCUUCCCUUAUCAACUCACAUUCGUGGGAAGAUUAUGCCUUUCAUUUCAGAAAAAAACCGCAUUUCUUCCACCAGGUCAUUCUUGUAAGGAAAUUCGGAACACAAGUUCCCAUCUUAAAGACGGAGAGUACUGGAUCGCUCUUAAGAAGAACGGAAGCCUUUUAAAGGUCUACUGUGAUAUGACAACCGAUGGAGGUAAGGAAUGGAUGUUUAAGAAAAACUAAUAACGAUAACGGUGGUUUUGUUUUACUUCUGUACAAACUGUCCUUCUAUAAUAAAUGGAAUGCAAUAUUACUUUGCAAAAUAAAGAAUUUCAUUUUAUUUCAUUUCUUUUUUCCAGGAGGUUGGCUUCUGGUCUCCAACGUUGUCGUCGGCAACCCAUCCUCGCUACAGUAUUCAUUUGAGUCAUCAUACCGUGAAAUAAGCAAUUGUCAUAACAAGUCGUUGUUACUCACGAUAGAUGCCAUGAAGGAACUGAGAAGACACUUGUCUUUCACUCAGUUGAGAUUCCACUGCAGCAAAAACAAGGGACGCACUCUCCAUUUGACCACGGCUGCUAACAGCAGUGGUGAAGCAGUAGUACAAUACUUCAGUGGUCAGACAGAUGCCAAUCCGAAAGCAUGUGGCUCGUUUGUGAGAAUGAAGGAUGACAACUCGAAGUUAGCUGUUGAUUGUAAUCAAUGGUGGAAUAAAGUGUGGGGAUACUCUUAUUUUGGAAAAAACAGAUAUCGAAUCGUUGCUUAUGUCCCUGGGAAAUAUCACUGGCGCAUUUUUAAAGGGAGCUCAAGAUGGGAAUGUGACGACUUCCAUAUCAAUGGUGCAGAAUAUUUUGAUUUAUCCACAGGUGACUUCUGGAGGGUUUUUGUUCGUUAA